AAAAAUAAUAUAACACAUGUUCAAUUUUUGGACAAGUUUAAUGGCUAGAAAAAAGUUGAACCAUGAAUCCGUCCAGCUAUUUGUGUAAACAGAAAAAAUGGGGAGUCCUAUUUUGUCGGUUUCGAAUAGUGGGCUAUUAUAUGGGCCACAAAAUUGGGCCGCGAAAGCCCAAUAAAUUAGCAACCAUCUUCCCUCCCCAAAGAAGAGAUUCCCCCCUUCCGUUUGAGAGUGCGGUGGAAGAGAUAGAGAGCAAUGGUGGCCGGCGACGGUGGAUCGACGAAUAUGGCUGGAAUGUCCAAAAACCAGCUUUACGAAAUUAUGGCUCAGAUGAAGACACUAGUGCAACAGAACCCGAAACAAGCAAGACAAAUUCUCAUUCAAAACCCUAGCUUGACUAAAGCACUCUUUCAGGCACAAGUAAUGCUUGGGAUGCUGCAGUCCAAACAAGAAAUACCAACUAUCCAGCCGACAGGAGCAGUGAGUACUCAGCCAUCAGUAUCUCAGCUUCCACAGUCAAAUGUUCAGACUGCUCCAUCAUUGCCAGGGCAAAUUGGCAUUCAGGAACAUACAAGAAAGCAGCAGCAGAAUCAACCUGCUCCAACAGUGCCUUCCGCUUCUCUUCCACCCUCUAAUCUUCAAUCCACAUCCAUGCCAUCUCAUCCAUUGCAGUCAAUGCAGCAGCAUAAAGGACAUAUUGGUGCUCAAGCAACACCAAUCUCUUUACCACAAACCUCUCAAGUUCCUAAUAUGUCACAACUUCCUCGCCAUUCUGCUGCACCACUGCCAUCUCAUCUUCAGCAGAUGCAUCCAGCAUCCCCCAAGUUGGAGCAACCAAUGCAAACUAGUGGAAACCAACACCUGCCUAUGCAACCGCAGCUACCACCACAAGUUAGACCAUCGAUGCAACCCUUCCCCCAUCAAGUUCACCCUCACAUGGGGCCCAAUCCUGGUUAUCCACAAUCUGGGGCAACUCAGCACCACCAUUCACAACCUGCUUAUCAUCCUGCACUGAGGCCUCCAGCAAGCAUGGGACCUUCUUUCCUACCAGGACAACCACCUGGUCCAAGUCAGCUGCCACCCCAGUCUCCAUAUCAGAUGGGUGGUUCACAUUUGAGACCAGAAUUCAAUCAAGGUGGAAGUUCAAUGCAAGCAGAUCGAGUAUCUCCUUGGAUUCCCAGCUUACCAGAGAAUACAUCAGGAACACAGCUCCCAGGACCACCAUCAUUCCCUGCACAGAUGGGCCCGAGCAAUCCGCCUUCUAGACCGACAUCACUGUCCCCAGAGAUGGAGCAGGCACUUCUUCAGCAAGUUAGGAGUCUGACCCCAGAACAGAUUAACAUGCUCCCUCCGGAGCAAAGGAAUCAAGUGCUUCAAUUGCAGCAAAUGUUUCGUUCAUAAGAAACAAGUGCUGCAAAAGAUGAUUUUGGCGAUGAUUUUGGCGAAGAAACUGAAAUAUCCCUGUCUGGCUUAUCGAUUUUUCUAUUUAUCCAUCUCCAUUGGGGAUAGAUGGAUAGUGUGCCCUUUGUUCGAUUGUGUAUCCCCCUUUGUUAAAGUUAUUUUUUUAAUUCAAUUAGGGUUGUCUCUCAUGUUGCCAGCAGCUCACGAUUGUUACUUAUAGGCACUGAUGGAGCUCCUUUGAUGCAUGUAUACCAUUAGGGUUGUCUCUCAUGUUGCCAGCAACUCUCUUACUUUUAGGCACUGAUGGAGCUCCUUUGAUGCAUGUAUACCUCAUCUUUUCGAUCCUGGACGUUCUCUUUCUUUUAUACCUACUGUCAUUUGUAAUAUUAGCAUAGCUUAAUGCAACUCAAUUUGAGAUGGUGAAACAGUAUAGUCCCUACCCUUUAUUUUGUAUCCCCAAAAUUCCAGAACGCUUUUUGCUAUCAGUUUGCCAGACUUUAUAUAAGGUACGGGUUGGGUUGGGUUUUGUUUCA